CGCAUCAACAUCCAGCGCCAGGGCGGCGUGGGGGCUGCAGAGGCGGCGAGGCGCGGAGAUGCCGCUAAGCACCACGGGCGUCCUGAGCUCCUCCUCCACCACUUCCAACAGGUCGAGGAACCGGACUCGCUAUCGGACCAAAGCCGUGAGCUCCGAGGUGGAUGAGAGCCUCUUUGGAGGUGCCAAGCCUCCGGCCCAGAGUGACAGUCCCAUCGUGCUCCUCCGAGAUAAGCAUGCCAUCCGGAAGAGUCUCACUGCCCUGGGCUUGGAGCACAAGCCGGAGACCAUCCAGCUCAUCACCCGGGACCUGGUCCGGGAGCUCAUCGUGCCCACCAAGGAUCCCUCCGGAGAGUCCCUCAUCAUGAGCCCCGAGGAGUUUGCACGCAUCAAAUGGGCGUCCCACGUCCUGACCAGGGAAGAGCACGAGGCCCGGGAGCAGGCCUUAAGGAAGGAGAAGGAGGCUAUCGUGGAUGCGGUGACCGCCCGCAAGAAGGUCAUGAAGCAGAAGGAAAUGGUGUGGAGGAACAACAAGAAGCUCAGCGACCUGGAGGAGGUGGCCAGGGAGAGGGCCCAGAGCCUCCUGCAGAGGGCCAACAGCCUGCGCCUGGAGCAGGAGGAGGAGCUCAAGGACCUGAGCAAGAUCAUCCUCAACGCCAAGUGCCACGCCAUCCGGGAUGCCCAAAUCCUGGAGAAGCAGCUGAUUCAAAGAGAACUGGAUGCGGAGGAGAAGCGGCUGGAUCAGAUGAUGGAGGUGGAGCGACAGAAAUCGGUUCAAAGGCAGGAGGACCUGGACAGGAAGAGGAGGGAGGAAAGAAUCCGAGGAAGACGGCACAUUGUGGAGCAGAUGGAAAAGAACCAGGAGGAGCGGUCGCUGCUUGCCGAGCAGCGGGAGCAGGAGAAGGAGCAGAUGCUUGAGUACAUGGAGCAGCUCCAGGAGGAGGAUCUAAGGGACAUGGAGCAAAGGCAGCAGCAGAAACUGCAGAUGCAAGCGGAGAUCAAGCGCAUUAAUGACGAGAACCAGAAGCAGAAGGCAGAGCUGCUGGCCCAGGAGAAGCUGGCGGACCAGAUGGUCAUGGAGUUCACCAAGAAGAAGAUGGCUCGAGAAGCCGAGUUUGAGGCUGAGCAGGAGCGAAUACGGAGGGAGAAAGAGAAGGAGAUCGCCCGUCUGAGGGCCAUGCAGGAGAAGGCCCAGGACUACCAGGCGGAGCAGGAUGCCUUGCGGGCCAAGCGCAACCAGGAGGUUGCAGACAGGGAGUGGCGCAGAAAGGAAAAGGAAAACGCGCAGAAGAAGGUGGAGACAGAGGCCAAGCUGCGCAAAAGCCGGCUGGAGCAGGUGGCUCUCAAGGAGCAUGCUCUGGCCGUUCAGGUGCAACGGGACCGGGAUGAGUUCGAGAGGAUUCUUCGGGCGCAGAGAGAGCAGAUUGAGAAGGAGCGGCUGGAGGAGGAGAGGAAGGCCACCGGGCGCCUGCGGCACGCCAACGAGCUGCGGCGCCAGGUGCGUGAGAACCAGCAGAAGCAGGUGCAGGACCGCAUCGCCACCUUCGAGGAGGGCCGGCGCCUCCAAGAGGAGGCCCAGAAGCGGCGUGAGCGCAUCGAUGACAUCAAGAAGAAAAAGAUCGAAGAGCUCAGAGCCACCGGCCUUCCCGAGAAGUACUGCAUCGAGGCUGAGCGCAAAGCCAACAUCCUGCCACCUGCCUCCGUGAGCUGAGGGGUGCUGCGUGUCCCCAGGGGCGCCCACCUGCGGGGCACAGGACCUGCCCAGGCUCGGGGUGUCCGUGGCUGCCGCUCACCAAGACAUUUUAGUUACAGAAUAAAUUUAUUCUACUUCUUUAA